GGUUUUAUAUCUGGUGCUUCAUAAUUCCAGUGCAGACUCCCGGCACCAUGUUCACAGAGGUGCUGGUCGCCGUGGUGAUUGGAGGAAUAAUCCUCUUCCUCGUCCAGAGGAACAGGAAGCUGGUCCUGAAGACAGAAGAUGGGUGGUGGGGGGCCGGAGCUCCUUCUGAAGGUGAAGAGGACGUCACCAUCCGGCCUUUUAAAGUCAGCACCAGUGAUGAAGAGAUAGAGGACCUGUACAGGAGAAUAGACCAGACUCGCCCUGUUCCUUCACUGGAGGACAGCCAGUUCCACUACGGCUUUAACUCCCAGUACCUGCAGAAGGUGAUCUCUUACUGGAGAAAUGACUUUGACUGGAGGAGUCAGGUGGAUAAAAUUAACCAGUACCCACACUUCAAAACCAAAAUUGAAGGCAUUGAUGUCCAUUACCUACAUGUGAAGCCAAAGAAGGUGCCGGAGGGAUCUACAGCCCUCCCUCUGAUAAUGGUUCAUGGCUGGCCUGGUUCUUUCUAUGAGUUCUACGGGUUGAUCCCUCUGCUAACAGAACCAGCAGAUCAAGAUGACCUCGUGUUUGAGGUGAUAUGUCCCUCCAUACCAGGCUACGGCUUUUCAGAAGCUUCACGCAAGAAAGGUUUCGAUUCGGUUUGUGCCGCGCGGAUCUUCCACAAGUUAAUGAAGCGUCUGGGUUUCCAGCAGUUCUACGCUCAUGGAGGAGACUGGGGCUGGCUGGUCACCACCAACAUGGCUCAGCUGGAGCCAAAAACAGUCAAAGGCCUCCAUGUGAACUUUGCCCCGCCCUCCAAACCAGGACCGUCCAUUAUGUUAUCCAUCAUGCUGGGCCGACACUUCCCAAAGCUGUUUGGUUUCACUGACCUGGAUGUUCAGCGUCUGUUUCCCUGCAUGGACAAACUGGUGGUGGAGCCCAUCAAAGAGACGGGCUACAUGCACAUCCAGGCCACCAAACCUGACACUGUGGGUCGAGGACUCAAUGACUCUCCAGUAGGUCUGGCCACCUACAUACUGGAGAAAUUUUCCACAUGGACCAGCCAUGACUUCAGGAAUCUGGAGGACGGAGGACUCACCAGGAAGUUCUCUCUGGAUGACCUGCUGACUAAUGUGAUGAUCUACUGGACGUCCGGCUGCAUCAUCUCCUCCAUGAGAUUCUACAAGGAAAACUUUGGCCAAGGCCUCGACCAGCCUCACGCCAGGAUACCGGUCUACGUCCCCACUGGCUUCGCCUGCUUUCCCAAUGAGCUGAUGCACACUCCAAAACUCUGGGUCAAGCAGAAAUACCGGAAACUGGUCACAUACACGUGCAUGGCCCGUGGUGGCCAUUUUGCUGCCAUGGAGGAGCCACAGCUGAUGGCAGAGGACAUCCAGAACUUCAUCAAGAUAGUGGAGAAGAAGAAGAAGUAGUAGAGUCGAGGAAGGUGGAUGGAGGAAAGUCAUGGAUGGAUGUUUUCUUGGUUUAGAAAAAUAAAAGAUGUGAGCAGGAAGAAAACAAGAAAGAGUUUAUUGGGAGUGAAUGAGCUCUUUGCUUCUGUAUGAGCGAGAUUCAGUUUACUCUAAUAAUAAAAUAUAGCUCUAGUUUUAAUCACACCCAAUCAGUCUGAAGAUAGCGGUCUUCACCCGCACUACUAAUAUAUUUUUAUUUGACCAGUCAGAGAAGAGAACCAGAGAGGGAUGAGCAGAAUCAUUUUGACCUCAGAGUUUCUGGAUCCAGUGGUUAUUCAGAUUCUAAGACAAGCGCGAUUAUUAAAAACAAGUAGAUUUUAGAGUCAGUGUCUUUAUCAACAGCAAGAUUGCCCAUCUGUAAAAUUCUCAGCUUGUUGCAGCUUAAACCUUGAAACGGGAUGCAUUUUCUUUCCCCUGCUAAAGUUUCUGUUGACCCUAAAGCUGUCCUGUUGGAAGGCCUGUUUAUUACCCUUUUAAAUGGAGCCACAUUUAGUAAGGAGCAUGCCUUUGUGGGAUGAGCAGCAGAGCUGAGAUUGUGGGUUGCACCCAUGAAAAAUUUGCCAAGUCUCUGCCAAUGCCAAACAGAUUAUUCUAGCAUUGACCCUUGUUUGGUGGUUUUUGGUUAACGUUCCUCCACAUGUUCAGGUUCCACAUGCUGACGACACCAACGGGUCAAUAGCAACAGCAGAAUCAGCUGUUCGGCAUUGGCAGAGAAGAUUUGGCACAUUUUUCAUGGGCGCAACCCAUACUCAGCUCUGCUGCUCAUCCUUAGAAAUGUGGCUCCAUUUAACCCUUUAUGACCUACCAUAGACAAAGAUAAAAUUAAAUUGUGCUGAAUUUGCAAAAAGACAGCAUGUUUAUCAAAGGUAAACUAUUCACAGUAGUCUCUAAGUGUGCCAGAUAGUUUUGAGCAUACAUGUGUUUGCAGAAGACCGUGUUGAAACAAAAACAAGUGCGACUCGUGACCUGCAAGACCACAACGCCACAGGUUUCAUGCAGUCAAACGUCAUCUUACGUCAUCACGUACAUGUAAAGUAGGAAGUGUUGUUGAAGGCGAUGGCCCAGAUUAUAUUGUUUUUGAUGUGUGCGCUUAUUACUACAUUUCUGCAAAAGAAGGACAGAUAUUUCUGGAAGGAAACAGAACUCUGGGACUCAAUGAAGGUGUGAUCUGUGUUACUCCUCCAGUUUUAUAUGCAAAAAGAAUUGUUGCUCUAUCUCAUUUAGUUGCACUUCCAUCUACGGUCAAAGAUAGAAAUGAUCAGGUCUUAAAGGGUUAAAGGGGAAAUAAACAGGAUUUCUAAAUGGAUACGAUUUAUUGUCUAAAAGCAUUGUUACAAAAAGAAAUAAUCUACUAAACACACAUUUCCUCACUUUCUGUGCUAGGUUUAGAAGUGACAACAGUGGUAGUUUUUAAAAAGAUGGUUUCUGAAGUGUGUAAGGCCUGUUAGGUGUAUGGAGUGAUUCAGGAUGGUAGAGACAGACCGACAUGUGUAGCACACAUGUGCAUCUUUAAGGCCACAAGUGUAAGAAAUGACGAGCUGCUCAUGUUAAUUCUGAAGAUACUGAAUAAAUCUGUAAUACCCUU